AUGGAAAAUAAAGCUGUGUGGCUCGCUGGGCCUGGGAAACCACCGCGGAUUUCUUCGGCGCCUACGCCAAAACCAGGACCUGGCGAUCUACUGGUCAAAGGUGUCGCAGUCCAGCUAGGAGAAUGGAAAAUCCAGGCUGGCCUCACUUCUGCUACUUUGACGUAUCCAACGAUGAUUGGACUCCUAUUGUCGGUUAUCGUCGAGAAGAUUGGUUCUGGAGUCUCUCGAUUUGCUCCAGGAGACCAUGUCGCUAGUAAUUCCACUGGGGUCCUGCGGAAAGAUGCACGCUUUGGCGCUUACCAACGCUUCGCUCUGGUACGUCAAGAGAUGACUGCCAAGAUCAGUAGAAGGAGCUUCGACGAGGCGGCUUCGUUACCUACCGCAGGCGGUGGAGGCAGGAUCCUGUUUGCCACUGGGGCCCGACCGGAAAUGCAGUUCCCGCCUGGGGUAUCAGGAUUCUUCAAACGAUUCAUAGAUGAUUAUCUGGAUCCGAACAACAAAGACUUUGUGCAAUGGGUGUGGUGGGAUUACUUCGAAGUCGCGUUCACGGAUGGCCGAAUCAAAUCGCUCCCGUUAGAGGUGAAGCAAGGCUUAGCGCAAGUCAACGAAGUUUGGGACCUGCUCCGCCGGGAGCAACCUGGCGGUAAGAGGCUUAUCCUGGUGCCAUAG